AUGAGACGAGUGGAUACUAUAGAUCAGUAUGUUGAAAGUAAUACUUUAUUAGAUAAUGAUGAUAAAAUCAUAGUUGACAAACCCAUUGCUACAGAAGAAAUACUUAAUGAUGAAGAAAUCAUUGCUACAAUUCAAGCUGAGAAAAAUGAGAAAGGAUCAACUGAACAAAAAAUUGAAGAUGAGGAUGAGUUGCCUGAACCCCUAUAA